CUUCGGUGCACAGUUGGAGUUUGGCAUUCGUGGAAAUCGGCCGCACCGCUAGUAGUUCGUUUCUGGCUGAACUGAGCUCUCGGUUGUGUCUGGUGGACUUUGAAGAGGAUUAAUUCAUUUAGCUACAGUUGGGGUACGGAGUGUGAGGUAGUGUGCGAGUGUUGGAAGUGGGAGUAGAUUUCCCUCCCACUAGCUCCCCCCUCAUCUUUUGGUGAUUCUCGGAUAAGCACUCGGAAGAGUCCAGUAGUGGUGGAGUUGAUGUUAGUUUCGCUUCGUUUCUGAAGGAUAUCGUUGAGGUGACACAGACUGCACUGCCGGAAGUACGAGAGGUGGUGUUUGAAAUGAGUUGCACCCCUCAACUGGGAGGCGGUCGGAAUAGCGAGGAAAAAAUGAUGAUGACUAAUUACACUCGUCUGGUUUGGUUGUAGUGCACGUUCAUAGUGAGUUUAUAGUGCUUCUGCGGUGGAGAAAACGGAAGAAAGUUGUAACGAAAAGCUGAAAUUUCUUUUGUUGGGUUGACUCGGUUGAAGAUUGUGGGAGGAUACUACAAGGAUUAAAAAUUAUGUUUCGGUUGUGGUUUACAGGAAGUGCCCUGAAUUAUGAAAAUUUGUAAUUAUUCCGUGUAAUUCUGAAGCAUCCCUGAAGGUGCAGUUGACCCUUUUAUUUGGAAAGAAGAGUAAAGUUUGUGAUAGCGAAGGAAAAAUAUCAGAAUGCGUUCUCCAAGAGUGUCUCUGUUGUUGUGAGCCCCAACAACCACAAGGUGAGCAAGUGUAUGUGGAGGAAUUCAUCCUGAAGAAUGAUGCUUGAAAGUGAAAUACUCCUGGAUGUUUCCUGCUGCCACCAGUACCGUUGAUGAUUCGACAGCGAGUGAUAGCAACAACGCUGCUGGGGAAUAAGACAUUCUCGUAAAAGUACUGGAUACAAACAUACGAUUUACCCCCAAACCAUCUGAAAAGUUUCCGUUCUGACUGGAUACGCAGGUCCUUGUGCUCGGUUUGUUGGAACCACCUGACGGUCUCUACUUUUGAGCUCGUAAAGUGCUAGUACCGCGACAGUUACGACAGCAAUUAUAAUUAAAAAUUUCAUCAACACACAAAAAAGUGGGAAACGAAGGAGUUUAGUGCUGCCUUCGGGCGAAAUAACAGAAGCAAUUAAAAUGUUGCGUGGAAAAUUUUAAUUUGUGGCGGUGAAUGACUCAGUACUCGGAGCUCGACGUGGAAAUAUUUUGGAAAAUAUAUAUCAGCGGAGGACGUUACGUGCGUCGUGUUAUUAAGCGUUUACAUUUUGAGCAGUACCAAGAAGACAAGUGGUUUGACUGUGGUGUAGAAGCAGUUCCGAAAAGUGAACAACAGCUCCUGUAAAGGAUACCAUGUCACCUGAUGUAGGGGUUUGCUGUUUUCAAGCUCAUCAACCCUUGUCAGACUGAAAAGCCCCACCGACAAACGAUCAAAACGACGAGCCACCCCGUGUUAUUUAGUUGUUCCUGUAUGGACCAACUGACGUAGCACUUGAGGAUUUAAUUUUUUGCCCCAGUUUAUUACCUUGAAGACAGAGUGCUCAGUGUAUGUGUGUAUUCAUCACAGGAGUGAGUUUAGGAUAAAACGGAAACGGGCGGGAACGUUGAGCAAACAUCAUUAACCUUUCGUCCGACUUUGGCCCGUCAGUUGUGCAAACUGGAACAAACUCACCUGCCAAAGGAGCGGUGGUUUGCUGAACAACGAGCCUAACCAAAACAAAGCAUAAACGAAAUAUUCUUAGGAAAACAACACUCGGAACGAACCUGGGUAGGGUGAGUUGAAAUGCCAAACAUAUUUUCUCGAGUGCUCGCGCCGUUUCAACCAUAGAAAAUCGUGAAAAAUGCUGGGAAAAUUUGGCAUGUGAAAACAUAAGAUGGCAAUGGGACCAGCCUCCGCAGUGGAAGUGGCAGCGAAGUCAUGAAUAAAUGAUUUCAAUGAAAAAUAAAUAACUGUGAAUUUAACAACGGGGCAGCAAAGCGGCUCGCUACGUCGUCACCCACUCUGAAUGGAUGGUUUCCCGACCGGAAACAAGUGGAUUUGAGAAGAAUUAUUCUAGGAUAAAUAAAUUUCCACUGUGUAUUUGCGUGGCACUUCUAAUUAGUGUCGUCGGGUGUAGUCUAAUGUUUCAUAAAUACUGACAAAUUGGUGUUUUGUCGCGAAGAGUUCUCCUUCAGUGGUAUCAAGUGGAUUAAGUGAAUUGUGAAACUGGGACCCUUUCCCCGGAGUAAAGCAACAAUGUGGCUAUUCGCGUUUUCACUCAUCGUAAUCGUGUGCGCGGCCAAGUGCACCGAUGCGGACGUUUCCGUUGAAGCUGCUUUUCAAGGUCGCUGUGGUCAUGGCAGCCCUUGUGAGCAGCUUUGCUACGAACUUCACGAUGGGAUGUACGAAUGUGACUGCACGGAAGGAUUCGAGCUGAACAAAAAUGGAUACAGUUGUCAAGAAAUAAACUCUACAACAACCGAUGAAAAUUCAUCGGACGUGGAAGAGGACGUCCUGUACCAGCGGGGUGCGUCGUUCAGCGCCAAGCUGGAUAUGUCCGAUCUGCACAUAUCGAUGAAAACGUUCGACGACGACGACGAUGGGGACGGCGAGGGCAGUAUGAAACCAAUAAAUAUCAACGCUCUCGAUGGCACGCUAUCGCUGAGGAAAGCUAAUCAUAAUUGGAAAACGAACAGCUCGAAAGCGGCCACGUCAAAAUUGUCCAGCGGUGGCCGCGGGCAAACCAAUUUUGUUAAUAGCAGCAAUAACGGUGACCAAAAGAGACCAAUCAUAGCUGGUGCUUCCGAUGCUGCCCGAAGGAGUAGUAGUAGUAAAAGCGACAGUAGUAGUAGCAGCAGCAUCAGCGGCAGCCCUAGCUCCAGGUCAGUUCGUAUGGAAAUAACCGGCGACAGCUCAUUACAUAUGCAGGACACAGACGGAAGCAAUCCCGGUGAAAUAAAAGCUCUCGCGCUUACGGCAUCAUUCGAUGAUGACUUUGAUAGCGAUAGAGUGGAGCCAGUUGCUACCGUUUCACCACCUGCUGCGAGUGAGGAAGGCACGAUGACGACGUCAGGUUCUAGUCCGGGAUCGACACCCGUCGUGACAAGGCCGCCAUGCACGCUGGAUUGUGGUUACGAGGGAAUCUGCAGCAACGGUGAAAGCAGUGGACAGCAGCAACAGCAACGGUGUCUUUGUCCUUUUGGCAAAACUGGUCCACGCUGCGAAGAAGAUUCUCGAAUCAACACACCCCGGUUCAAUCAACAUUCGUGGCUUGCUUUCCCGGCACUAAGGGGUGCCUAUAAACACGUCCAGCUUCACAUAGAGUUUCGACCGGAGUCUUUCGAUGGUAUUCUGUUGCUGACUGGCGAAAGAGAUGAUCUUAGUGGCGAUUUCAUGGCACUGCUGAUACACCAGGGAUUCGUGGAGUUUUGGUUCGACUGCGGAUCCGGAACGGGACGAGUGCGUUCGGAGGAAACGAUUGUCUUGAAUCAGUGGAAUACUAUCACAAUCUACCGGCAUCGUUGGGAUGCCUGGCUGGUGCUGAACCAAGGCAACCGGGUGCAAGGACGCUCGAAGGGCCUUUUCUCUCGAAUUACUUUCCGGGAGCCGGUGUUUCUUGGUGGAUUCGGGAACAUCACCGGCCUGGACAAGAAGCUUCCCGUCAGCAAUGGUUUCACCGGGUGCAUACGAAAGUUUGUCGCCAACGAACACGACUACAAUUUUCAGCCGGUGCCGCUCGGUGACGUUUCCCGGGGAUUCGAUAUCCAGGAAUGUGUCACCGAUCGGUGCAGCCGGUAUCCCUGUCAGCACGGGGGCAAGUGUCUACCCUCGGAUGACGGUGCAAUCUGUCUUUGUCCGCUGGGAUUCGGCGGUGAUUUAUGCGAGAUGAGACUGGAUUUACAGGUGCCUUCCUUCAAUGGUUCAUCCUACCUUCGUUUCGCUCCACUUGGAGACAGCUGUAUUAUCUGGUUUGAACUUAAGAUUAUCAUCAAACCCCUUCUGGAGGACGGAUUGCUGUUGUACAGUGGCCACCACGAGUACGGGGACUACAUCUCGCUGUGCCUCAACAUGGGCUACGUGGAGUUUACUUUCGAUCUUGGCAGCGGGCCAGCAACGGUGAGGAGUGAGUUUCCGUUAACGAUGGGACAGUGGCACACGAUCAAAGUUUCCAGGACGUCGCGCCUGGCAGUUUUGAAGAUCGAUCAGCUGCCAGAAGUGAUGACGGUCUCGCCGAACGGAUUCUGGCAUCUUUCGCUGCCGCACAGCUUGUACCUGGGCGGAGUGCACAACAUCCACACGCUCCCGAUGAGCCUCAGGGAUAAAGGUUCCUUCGCCGGAUGUGUUCAAAAGGUUGACAUCAACGAUCGCACCAUUUCCAUUAUCUCGGAGGCCCUCGGUGGCUCAAACGUGGAGAACUGUCCGCACGCUUGCGUGGCUCGACCCUGUGGUCCAUUAGCCAAAUGUGUCCCCAAUCUGGACAGCUACGAGUGCCAGUGCAACCCGCAGAACAAGCAGUGCAACAAGGCAGAAGAGCUACCAUCGGAAGUGAUUGAACAACGGCAACGACUACUGAAGCUACAUCAAGUGCACCGUCAGGAACAGCAACUGUUGCAGGAGCAGCCGGAUGAAGAUGAUGACUUCACCACAACGGUGGUUCCUUCGACCAAGGCUGCUGGUGGUAAAGGGGACACGGGAAGCGGUGAAGACGAUUACUAUUAUUAUGAGUAUGAUGAUGAUGAGAGCGACAGUGUUGACCCGGAAAGCAAGAGCCGCCCUAAUGAGAACAGUGGUCGUGAUAAAAAUGAAGAAAAAAUAAUCAUUCGGGCGGAACGGCAACAAGCGGAUGUCACCACGACGCAGCCCAACACGGGUGAUGACGACGAAGAUUAUCGCAACGAAGAGCGAAAGGGUCAACCGGCGGGCAAAAGCACAAGCUCAGAUGAUGACAGCAAAGUUCAAAAUUAUGAUGACUAUCAGGUUCAGGGCGACAAUGUUUACGAUGACGAAGAUGGUGGCGAUGACGAGAAAGAUGUCAACGUAAAUGAUGAUGGUGAAUCUAAAUAUGACGAUGCCGGUUCGACCCCGGAGGAAAAAAAUCGAUUUUUAAAGCGUCAACACAAAAAUCAAGUAAAACAGCCGGAAGGAAAGGCUACCUCUACCACACACAACAAUGAAAUAAAUGAAGAAACCACAGAUGGUCCUCGAUUCGAAAGUUACAGUUACGGUGAUUUAAACGACGGCUAUAAUAAAGAUUAUGACCAUAACGGCGACAGAAUACCCUAUCGCCCUGACCUGGUAAAGAAAGUGGGGAACGAGCCAAGGAUAACAUCACACCAUAAAAAUCAACCGGAACGCAAUCCGGACUUUGACGAAACAUUAAUCGAAGAGAUGAAUCGAAUAAUGAAAAAUAAAGAUGACGGUUACGAGAGUGACGAUGCGUCCGAUGGGGGUCCUGCUGGGUGGGACUUUGCCAUGGACGACGAGGAAAUCCGACACACGGGCUCCCGGGUGGGUGGAGUCGCCGAGCAUCCGUUAAGCACGAUGGAUGACGAUAACGAAAACGGUAUUGAUGGCACUCGCGAUGCGGUUGUCGAUGAUGGAAAGGAAAACAAUCGGUUUCGUGAUGAACAUACAAACUUUAGCAAGGGUGCAGCGAAAAUGGCGUCCAGUGGUGGAUCCAGUAGCAGUAGCAGGAGCAGCACCACCAACAACGAUCGGCAACAUCAGAAGCACCUGCGAGUGGAGGGGGAAGAUGACGUAUCCCGUAGCGUCAAGUAUAAGAACAAAUACUACAGGCGAUACCAGGGGGCGUGUUUCACGGGGACGGAAAGUUUCUUUCACUAUAGUGACGCGGAAACCAUGCGGCGGGUGAUCAGUUACGAAAUAGAUCUGAACCUGCGGUUUAAAACGCAUUCGCUGAAUGGGCUGAUACUGUGGACUGGCCGGCACAGUGCGCUCGAAGGUGAUGAUUUCCUGUCGCUGGGUGUUGAGAAUGGAUUCCUGCACCUGCGAUACAACCUGGGGUCAGGUGAAGUGAACAUCAAAUACAACUCAACCAAAGUCAGCGACGGGCUGUGGCACCGUGUUCGAGCCUUGAGGAACUCCCAGGACGGUACGCUGAAGGUUGAUGGCGGAAAGCCCAUCACUCGGAGGUCGCCGGGAAAGCUGAGGCAGCUGAACACAGACACCGGGCUGUAUGUGGGUGGCCUGCCGGCAGCCUCCUUCUACACCCGCCAGCGGUACUCGUCCGGUAUCGUGGGCUGCAUCUCGGAGCUGAUACUGGCCGGCGAGCUGAGGCUCAACUUCGACUCGACGAUACUGGGCACAGCGCACAACGUGGAACCGGGCGCCCCGUGAAGGUAGAUUUAGGCGGCGAGCGUCAUAGGAGGACAGCAGCCGUCGUCGUCACCGCUGCUGCCGAAUGAUGAUAUCGCUAGAACUGCUUCUACUAUCACUACUUAUACUACUACUACUAGGGCAACAACGGCUACUACUGCUGCUAUCACUACUAGGAGUAACAUCAAUUGAAAACGUCCAUCAGCGAGUUGGGGUUGGUUGAGGUGGGGUUCAAGGGAGGGGGAAGGGUUCGGUGUGCAUAUUGAAAGGACAUUAGCAUUACGAGCGUGACAGAAGGUUGCGAAUGACUGCUGCAUCCAGGCGUAGUGAGUGCCGAAGCGUCGGAGUUCGGAUGUCAACGGUUGUGGAUGUUGGAGGAUUUGAAUGUGAUUUUGAGUGAUAGAGAGACAGAACGCAACUGCGGGCAGAGAAACUACGCGAAAUACAUACACACCGAUUUAGACUAAAUGAAUUUUUUAUAUAAGGAUGAACAUAUAGGAUAACAAUUUAAGCGUAAGAUCUAGGUACUGAUGAAAUGUAAUAUUAAUGUUGAAGAGUGAUAACUUAUGGGAUGAACCGAAAACAGGAGUAGAAUUCGUAGAGGAUAAUCGGUUGAUUAACGAGCAGAAGCAUGAUGAAACUUGAUGAAUUGUUAGAAUCGUUACAGUAAGAGUGCUGACUCGGCAAGCCUCGUUAGAUAAACGUAUGAUUCGUGCCGUUAAAAUCUUUAUUUUGCAACUCAUUGCAUAAUUAACUAUUAUCUAUAAUUAUCAAACCUUUUUUACUCGACAACCACGAGAAAUUUCGCCAAGUAUUUUUCCAAGAAAGUCACUUCAAUCUUAUCAUAGAAUUUUAACAAGUAACAAGCUUGGUUGAAUGGCUGAAUUUUGUGAUGUUUAUUCAUGGAAUACCGAAAAAUAACAUGCCAAAAUUUCCAGAUAUGACGGAACCGGCCUUUGCUGCUACAUAUAGAGAGUAGUAGCACAUAAUUCACGAAUUUUCACUUGAAAGUAUUCAACUAAAACAUACGUCAUGCUAGUACCUGGGAGUACCUGGGAUUUCUUCAUGAAUUCUUUCAAGGACACCUUCCGAAAAUUCUUCAGGUAUUUCUUCAGAAACUUCUCCAGGAAUUAUUUCAGGAAUUCCUCGAGGGACUUCUCCAGGAAUUGCUUCCUCGUGAAUUCUUCAAUGAGCAUCCUGCAGGGUUCCGCUAGUGAUUUAGGUUUGAAGGUUCCAAGAAAUGCAAUUACAUAUUACAGAAGAAGUCCUGAAAGGUUAAGACAGCUUUCCUGGGAUUUCCUAAGGAAUUCUUAAUUGGAUGGCUUCUGUCUGGGAAUUUCUGCAGAUUUUCUUUCAAGAAUUCCUCCAGGGAUUCACACGGGAAUUUCUUUAGUGAUUCUUUCAGGAACAACUCCAGGAAUUAAUCCAGUUUUUCCUCCAGGAAAUAUGUAAAGAUUCUUUUAGGAAUUCCCCUUGGAAUUGCUUUCGGGAUUUCUUCAGUAGUUUCUUCGGGAACUCCUGUAAUGAUUUCUUCAGGAACUGCUACAGGGAUUCCCGAAGGAAUUCAUGCACGAAUUCUUAGAUUCACAUCUGCGAUUUCUUCAGGAAUUCUUCCUGAUAUUCUUCCACGAAUUGCAGGGAUUCCUCCAAGAAUUUCUCCAAGGCUUCACUUAGAAAUUUCUUCUUUGAUUCUUUGUGGAACAACUUAGGAAUUCCUCCAGGAAUUCCUCCUCGUAUUCUUUAAGCAACUCCUCCAAGAAUUAAUUCAUUUCUUCUCACAGGAACUGUUUAAGGUUUUCCUUAGGAAUUUAUCUUAAAAUUUCUUCAGGGAUUCCUUCAAGGAUUCCACAAGGAAUCCUCCUAGGUAUUCUUCCAGGAAUUUAUCUGGGCAUUUUUUCAGGGAUUCCUUCUUGGAUUCUUGCAAAUAUUUCUUCAGGAAUUCUUUCAGCGAUUCCUCCAGGAAUUUCUCCAAAUAUUCUUCCCGAAAUUGCUUCAGGGACUCCUCCAGGAGUUCCUCAAGGGUUCUUCCACGAUUUUCUCCUGGGAUUGCUCCAGGAAUUCAUGCGGGCCUUCCUUCAGGAUUUCUUUCAUUGAGUUCUCCAGGGUCUCCACGGAAUUUCUCAAGAAUUUUUUUUAGAAAUUUGUCCCAGAGUUCCUCUAGAGUAUAAAAGUAGGGAUUCCUCCAGGAUUUUAUCCAGAAGCUUCUCUACGAAUUCUUCCAAGAAAUUCUCUAGGAAUUACCCCAGGAAUUCCUCUAGGAAAUUCUCCAGGAAUCGCUCCUUGACAUCCUUUAGAAAUUAUGUCUGCAAUUCCCCUAUAAAUUUCUCCAGGAAAUCCUUUAGGGAUUUCUUCAGAAAUUCUUCCAGGAAAUUCUCCAGGAAUACCAUCAGGAUUCUCCAGAAAUUGCUUCAGGGAUUCCUCCAGGGAUUUCUCCACAAAUUUCUCCAAAGAUUCCCCUAGGGAUUCUUGUCUGAAAUUUCUCAUGUGAUUUUUUCAGAAAUAUCUCCUUCCAGAAUUCCUCUGGAGAUUUCUCCAGGGACUUAGCAAACCAUGAAAAUUAAAAAUCUCUCUCGAGAAGUUCUGAAGGAAUCCCUGAAAAAAAUUCGGAAUAAAUCGCUGAGGGAAAUUUUUCCAAUGAAUCCCCAAACGGUUUUUAACAACAUUUUCUGAAGAAAGUUCAAUAUUUUUGAAAGAAUCCUUUAAAACUCAAGAUUUUUCAAUGAAAUAGAAAAGUUUUUGGAGGAAUAGUUAUUAUAUUUUCUGAAGAAGUCCUUUUCGAAUUUUCUAAAGUAAUUUGUGGAAGAUUUUUUUUGAAGAAAUUUAGGGAAAGUUUCCUAAAGGAACCUUUGAGAAAUUUUUGAAAGAAUAUCUAUAAGAAUUCUUCUUUAGAAGAAUUCUCAGACAUUCAACAAAAAAAUCAUGUGAAAAUUUCUAAAGAAAUCCAUGCAAGAUUUUCAAAAAUAUGUUUUUGAAGGAUUUCUGGAGGAAACUCUAUUGGAAUUUCGAAAGGAAACCCUGAAGAACAUUUUCAAACGAAUUUCUGAGAAAUUUUCUGAAAGAGUCUGUGGAGAUAUUUCCAAAGUUACCCCUGGAGAGAAUUCUUUAAUUUACGGAAGAUUUUGAUUGAUUUGUCUUUAUUAAAGAGACUAUCAGCCCUUGUCCGGAAGAUUUUCUUAAAGUUCCUGUACGAACAUUUGAAGGAAUUUUCGAAAAAUAUUCUGAAGAAAUCCCUGGAAAAAUCUGAAUAAAUAUCUAGAGGAAUCAUUGAUUUUCAUGUGCAGCAUGAACUGCACGUCAAAUGAAGCUGAUCCGCCAUGAUGCUCAUUUAUAGCUUGUUCAGCAGUAGUAUGUAACCUAUAGAAAAAAUCUUAUUCAAACAUUCAAGUUUUCACCAUGAUAACAAAACCUUAAAUCAUGAAGUAUUGGUGAAUUUAUGGCAAAACCCUGGUCAAAUAACGGAAGAAAUUUUACGAAUUUCUUGAGACGAGAACCUUAAAUGGAUUCCUCAGAUUAUCUUCAAAGUAUUCAUUUGACUAAUAACCUCAAGUAAAUAUUUUGAAGAUAAUCUUCAAUAUUCUUUUAACGUCUAAUGCAAAAUCAAUUGUUCAAUACUCUCAAAUAUACAUUUUCCCUUGCGGUUUUUGAAAUAUUACUUGUGUGAAGAAUUACCAUAUGACAUAUUAUUUGAACUGUCUUUAGUAUUCAUUGUUGUUAGGAAACAAAAUCUACUAACGUUAUCGAUUCUAACAACCACCAACUUUCAUAUAAAAUGAGAGCGCGUGCACUGAAUGAAUCAGAUAAGUAACCAUGAUCCCAAACGAAGCGACAAUUUUCUCCUAAUAUUAAAACGAACAAUUCACGACAACAGUUAUAAAAGCGUCAAUUCUUUUCUCUGCCUUUCUUAUCACUUCUUUUUGUUUGAUUUUCAGUUCCACGCGUUAAUUCAAGCCAGAAAUGUAUAACCCAAUCUACUCCAAAUAAGAAAACUGAAAACAAGAACAAUAAUACCGUCAUAUCAUAUUGAAAGUUAUUUUUCAAUAAGUAAUUGCAAGCCGAACGCAGCGCCACGAAAGCGCUCGAAAUGUAACAAAUGGUCACCAAACAAUUCAGAAACCAUCAAAUUUUAAAGGAACCUACUUGCGUGUUGCUUAUAGCUUUAUAUUUCACACACCCAAUAUUAAUCUCAUUUUGAUUAGUACCCCGUCCCAGUUAAUCUGUGUAUAAUAAGCAAGUGUGAAUAAUUAUUAAAGAAACUAUUUUGUAUGCAACAAUACAGGGAAAAACUAAUACAGUUUUUAAACAAAAUUCUGACAUUUCCACCUUCUGUUUCCAUUCGCAUGAUUCGUUGGCCCUGUUAUUGUCAUACAUUUCAAGUGCUUUACAAAGAUGAAAUAACUUUUAAUGAACGUUUAAUGCAAACAAACAAAAAAAACAA